AGAAGAGCCAAAGUCCUUCCUUUUCUUUCUUGAAGUGCGAGAACAUGAUCAGCACCAAGAAACUCAUAAAUAUGGAUAGGAGGUGGCAUAGGUUAUCUUCUAGAGGGAAGAAAAGAAUUUCCAUUCCCAAAAAGGUUAAAAAUGUCAAUGCAGAGAGUUUUUCUACUUCAACAUCUUAUUUAGCAGACAAAGGCCACUUUGUCAUUUACAGUGCAGACCAGAAGCGUUUUAUGCUGCCCUUAGCAUAUCUCUGUAACAACAUCUUCCGAGAGCUAUUGGAGAUGUCCGAAGAAGAGUUUGGACUGUCAAGUGGCAAGCCUAUCAGGUUGACUUGUGAUUCUAUUUUGUUGAAUUACGUAAUCCCUCUUUUCCAAAGGGGAUUGUCUGCAGAGUUGGAGAAAGCUCUGCUAAACUUCAUUUCUACAUGUCGCUUUUCAUCGACGUCCACUUCCUUCCAACAUGAUCAUCUUUCCCACCAACAGCUAUUAUGCAGUUACUGAAUAGAUCAUACUUGAAUAUUGUAUAGUUCUAAACUAGUUCAUAAUUUUUUGUACUUAAUUAAUAAUGUACUAGCUAGUUUAUA